AUGGCGGCUAUGGUGCUGGCGACAUUCAGUCCGGGGGCAAACACGGAACCUCAGGAAACUGCCGGACUGUUUGUGGGAAAUGUAACAAACGGUCAAGUUUAUGGAGGGAGGAAAACGGUGUCCCCAGAAUACACCACCAGUCAGCUGGUGUCCCCAGAAUACACCACCAGUCAGCUGGUGUCCCCAGAAUACACCACCAGUCGCUGGUGUCCCCAGAAUACACAACCAGUCAGCUGGUGUCCCCAGAAUACACCACCAGUCAGCUGGUGCCCCCAGAAUACACCACCAGUCGCUCGUGUCCCUGGAAUACACAACCAGUCAGCUGGUGUCCCCAGAAUACACAGCCAGUCAGCUGGUGUCCCGAGAAUACACCACCAGUCGCUGGUGUCCCUGGAAUACACCACCAGUCGGAGGUGUCCCCAGAAUACACCACCAGUCAGCUGGUGUCCCCAGAAUACACCACCAGUUAGCUGGUGUCCCCAGAAUACACCACCAGUCAGCUGGUGUCCCCAGAAUACACCACCAGUCAGCUGGUGUCCCCAGAAUACACCACCAGUCAGCUGGAGUCCCCAGAAUACACCACCAGUCGCUGGUGUCCCCAGAAUACACCACCGGUCAGUUGGUGUCCCCAGAAUACACCACCAGUCAGCUGGUGUCUCCAGAAUACACAACCAGUCGCUGGUGUCCCCAGAAUACACCACCAGUCGCUGGUGUCCCCAGAAUACACCACCAGUCGCUGGUGUCCCAGAAUACACCACCGGUCAGCUACAUCUACUGGCAAAACCCCUGACUACACCACAGAAGAAGGCUGCGUAA